AUGAAGGAAAUGAAGGACUCUGAAAGCGGCGUUGCGCCCCAGCAGAAGAUGAAUGCUGUCCAAAAGAUCAAGGAAUAUUUCCUCGAUUUCAAGAUCCUCACGGGCGCUGCUAUGGCCCUUUGCCUGCUGUCUGCAGUUCUCGCGGUUACUCUCCUGGCCGCUCACUGUGAGAAACUCUACCAGUCUCAGGGAGGUUUUGCUGUUGCGGCUGGAGAGGCCCUUCCCAUUGUCAAUCAGAAGCUCGACCGUCGUGGUGUGGAUUGCAACGAAACCGAACUCGUCAUGUCUGGUGCCUCUGCUCAGGUUGUCACCUACAUUCUUGAUGAUGGCUCCAUCGCUGCGGUGACUCAGGAAUCUGGACCCAACCCUACGGUUUCUGUCACCAGCAUCCCAAUCUCCACUCAAACGGCCACCUCUACCAUUUACACCAUCAUCACUCCGUCCCAGCCGGCUGUUGUUACUGAAACUACAACCAUGACCACGUCCAUCCUCACUUCAGAGGCUCCAGUGUGCUCAGCCAACACCACAGUCACCGUGACCAUAACCGUUGUGCCCACUCCCAACAACCCCUGGGCUUCCAGCUCGGUCCUCGGCGACGUUACCGUGACUGCUGGUGCAUCGACAGUCACCAACAUCAACACUGAUAUAUCCUACACCAGUGGGCUUCCGGAUGCCACCAUCUCUGGGAACCCAAUGACUGUGACCGACGUUGAUGUUUCCGUCACCGGCCUGCCAGAUGUGACUAUCUCUGGAAACCCGUCCACUGUGACCAAUGUCCUUACAGACAUCUCUCUCACCAGCGGUCUUCCAGAUGCGACUGUCUCUGGCAACCCAUCGACCGUCACAGCAGUUCAGACCAGCUACUCUCAGCCCGUAGAACCCGUCACCUCCUUCGUCACAGUCGUCAUCUCCGAUCUCUGGAGUUCUACGGUAAUCAGUUCCGCCACCCCGGAUCUUGUGACUGUCACUGCUGUCUCCACCAUCAAGACAACGGUCACCACCAUCGGCGUUGCUCCCUCUCCCAUCAUCGUCACUGUCACAAACGCUUACUCCGAGCCCACAAAGAGUAUCUCAACCGACUACGCCGACAGCUCCAAAGCUGGCGCUCAGACAUCCCGUCAGAGCACUCUCACUGAGACCAUCACUUCGCCGAGUAGCCAGCUAGCCACAACCACGACUACCGUCUUCAUACCACCAGUCUUCUCCAGCUACAACGGCAGUGCGAGCAGCAUCCCAGCUGGCACCGCAACAGGCGGCAUUGUCCCCACCAUCCCCGUUGUUGUUUCCAGCAGCAACAAGGGCAUGGAGCCGCAUAGCCACGCUCUUUGCUGCCUUAUCGUGGUGAUUGUGACUGGCAUCACAACGGAAUCUUUUGCAGGGAACUGGAUGAAAUAUGGCCGGCUGGCCAACGAAUAG